AUGUCUCCCAGAAACGAAGGACUUCUUGACAGCAAAGACUGGGACGAAGUCAAGCCUGCUUGGUACGAGAAGUCUAAAUGGCUCACAGAAGAGUCAGACUGGAAGCCCGCCACGUUGAUUCGCACCAGACGACCUUCACGGCUUAACCUCGCCAGCCUUGGUACCUUCUUUUGGCCCAUCAAAGACACAAAACAGUCAGAGACAUUGCGGCCAACUGCUUACCUCGACGGUCUAAGAGGAUUUGCUGCGUUCCUGGUUUACUGGCAUCACAACGAGCUAUGGGCACACGAGCCAAAGGUCCAGAAUCGAAUCUUCGAAAACGCCUUUGGUUAUGAGAACAAAUUUCACUUCGUCGCCUUCCCUGGUAUCCGACAUCUUUUCACCGGCGGUCACUUCGCGGUAUCCGUCUUCUUCGUCAUCUCCGGCUACGUCCUCACGGCUAAGCCAUUAAGCCUGAUUCAAUCUGGGGACCACGCGAAGUUGGCAGAGAAUGUCGGCUCGGCUCUCUUCAGAAGAUGGCUUCGGCUUUAUCUCCCGCUUCUCACGACGACCUUUAUUUUCAUGAGCUUUCUCCACAUGUUCGACAUCUGGGUUGACAACAUCGACCGCGCCUCCAGCUGGAGAGACGACGUGUGGCUUUGGUACUGCGAAGCGAAGAACUUCAGCUUCGUUUUCACGGCCGGUGGUAGUCCCUUCUUCAGUUGGAAUCCCCAUCUGUGGUCGAUCCCAGUCGAGAUGAAAGGCUCCGUCAUCGUCUACACGGCAGCUCUCGCCUUCUCUCGAUGUACCAGAAACGCGAGACUCUGGUGCGAAGCCGGGCUGAUCUUCUACUUCAUGUACAUCGCUGAUGGCUGGUACGGAGCUAUGUUCGUGAUGGGCAUGAUGCUCUGCGACCUCGACAUGCUGGCCAAGAAAGACGACUUGCCGGCCAUCUUUAAGAAGCUUCAGCCGGCCAAGCUCUUCAUCUACUAUCACCUUUUCGCAAUCUCGAUGUACUUGGGAGGAGUGCCAUCGUACACGGGCGACGUUAACAGAAUGCGAGAGAACCGCGGGUGGUAUUACCUCUCGUUGCUCAAACCGCAAGCUGUCUACGACUACAAGUGGUUUUACCUGUUCUGGGCUGCUACCUUUCUCGUCGCCUGUGUCCCACGGAUCUGGUGGUUGAAGCGGUUCUUCGAGACACGUUUCUGCCAGUAUCUUGGACGCAUUUCCUUCGCCCUGUAUCUUGUUCACGGACCUGUUCUUGGAACACUGGGCGAUCGUAUUUACACAGCAGUCGGCUGGUACAAGGACUCGGAGAAGCAGCAUCUGGCGCAUCUGGUCGACAAGUUCCCUUUGCCAAAGGCCGGGCCACUGGGCUUGGAACCCGCGUUCUUACUUCCUCAUCUGGUUCUUUUGCCCCUCACUUUGUGGCUGGCGGAGAUUGUCACGAGAUUCGUCGAUGAGCCAAGCGUGAAGUUUUCGCAAUGGCUUUACAGGAAAACCCUCAACACGGCAACCCCUCCCGCGAGGGCUUGA